UCAAGAUAUUCAUAGAGAACUCAAAACGAUUUAUGGACUCCUAUCAUCACCAGCUUUCUCCACUGGUAAAUUCAAUCAAUGAGCUUGGGGUCUUUUUUUAUUUGUUUAUUUUUUUCAAAUUUCAAUAAUUGUGGCUUCAAUUUUUAAGUAAUUGUUGUUUCAAGUUAUUUUUUCAAUUUUUGUUUUCAAAUGAUCAACAUCGAAAUAUAUGCUUGGCGCAUUUUUGGACAAAAACAUUUUUUGUUUUUGGGGGAAUUCUAACUAUACAUUGCUUUGCUGUUUUAAUAGCUGAUGUACAUCGCGUAGUAGUGAAAAAACUGUUGAUGAAUAUAGGAUUCAGAGGCGAGCCAAUCACUCCACGCAAAUAAAAUCCUAGAGAUAUGGGGGAAAAAAGAGCGAGGAUUGCAGAAGGAAAAAGACGCUUUGAGGAAACUAGCCAACGACAAAACAUUCGCCUUUAUUGGCUGAUAUCGAGUCCUUCAUAGUAACAGAAAUUUUGGCGGCAACAGAUCAACAUAAUGGUAUACCAUCAAGAUGACGACGGUGGACUCUCAAUGAUAAAUUGAUCGCUUUGGCCAUUUAUAAACGUGGGUUGAAAACCUACCGAUAUCUGGCAUUCCCAAUUCUAUGACCAUUCUUCAAAAGGAUACUGCGACUAUUGACCUUCAUUCCAAUGAAUACAGGUAUUCAUGUAGAUAUUUGGGACCGUCUAAGAUGUUCUGAUGUUCGAUGGAAUGACUCGGAAAAAAGGGGUCUGUUACAAGUAAAAAACAAAAACGAUGGCGGGAUAUGAGGAUUAUAACGAUGAGGACCGAACAUCUGCGGUGUCGUAAAUAUUCAUGAUUUUGGAGAAUAUGUUUUUAUCGUGCGACAUUCCGUCCAGACGUUGAGAAUAACGUCUAAUAAAAUGUAAUAUAGACGAAGAGAGAGGGAGAAUCAGAGAAACAGAGAGGGAGGGUAGUGGGCCCUUAAUGGGCCCAUUCCGCUGAUGUCAGGGCGAAAAACCUUUUCCGACCAAUUAGAGAACGCAGAGACGUUACCUGUUGGGUGAUGUUGCCAGGGUUUACCGAAGAGUGGGGAGCGACCUUGAACAUCCCGAAAACAACUCGAGAGAACAGAGGAGAAGCGAUGUUUGAGUCAAGACGCGAGUAAAUCUUUAAGUGUUAGUUUGUAACGUGGUAUUUUACCAGUUAUUGGUCCUCGACCGUUGCGCGAUUUUAGAGACCUCCACCAGGCGGGAAGUCACCUUCGAUGACGAGAGUUCGAGGUGAGAGUGAUGAGCUGAGGUAUUCGUAUUAUUUAUUUUUUUGUUUUGGAUUCAAAUGACGCGCCACCGCGUUCUCACGGAGGACGUCAUCGAGGGUCCUGGAGAAGCUGGGAGAUGGCGGUAGUCGCCAGGAUACCUGAGAGGAUGAAGGAGCGGAUUGGUUGGCCGACAGUGGAGCCACGAUCCCGGGGCAGGUGCCCGGAAGUGACGCAGGGGUCGACGAACUCCGGAUUUUGGCUGAUGAUUGGAUUUGCAAUGUGGUCAAUGAGGGAGCCACAAUCCAGCUAUUCAUUGACACGGAAGUGACGUCUCACCAGAGCACGAGGUCCCGCGAUUAAUGGGGAUAUAGGACUACGUUAAUCAGUAGGGUUACUAGUCGCAUGGGUGGUAAUUAACGCACGUAUGAUGUGGUUAAUUGAGCCUAGUUGUAGUUGAUGGCACAUGCGCCAUAAUUAGUGGGCCCGUUGCGCAUGGCUGGUCGUGGGGGAUUGGUGGGAAAUGACGAUGAUCACCCCCCCCCCCCCCACUCAUAAUCGCCUGAAAUCACCAGGUUGCCGACCUGUUGCGGAUUUUCACGUGGCGAGGGAAAUCACUUCCUGUUUGGUGGACAAUCAGAGCAGACCUGUGUAAAUUGUGUGGUGCCACGGACGCCAUUUCGCCGAGUAUCCCUUCGAGGCUGUAAAGCAUUUUGUGAGGACGGAUCUGAGGAAGUGUGGAGGUUCAGGGAACCUACAUAGUCCCCCUGGGAGAGCAACUCCCCCUAAUGGAUCGGCCGAGCCAGGCUUGGAAGGAGAUAGAGUGGAUGCUGAGGGUAGCUCGUCAGAAGAUGGAGAUCGAGGAAUGGUACUGGAAGAGGCAAGUCAACAACACCACCACAACAGAGCCUCAGCCGACCCCGAGUUCGUCUCUACACCCUCUGAGCCUCAGAGUAUCGACCUCGCCAAUCCACGACGAGGUAGACCCCCUCGACACCCCCCUCCCUCCCAUGACAACCACCUUGACCGCCUCAUCAGACGACGAGGACGACCCUCUAAAGAUCCCCCUACUCCCCUCGACGACCCCCUCGAUCACUUCCCAAUCACCUCUAGACUCAAAGCCAGAGAUUGAACCCAUCCCUCCUGAGUCCAACUCCCCCUCCCCUUGGUCCCCCUCUCCCAAAACCUCCCUGUUUUCCCUAACCCUGCAACAAAAACACAUCCCCCUCACAUCGCAGCCCCAGGACCAAGAUCCCCCUCCAACAGUUCCCUCCUCUUAUAUCACCCCCCGCCCUACCCCUAGUCCCAGCCACUCUAUCCCACCCCUCAUGAGCCUCUACAUCCCUCGACCCACAUCUCUCCCCUACAACCCUAACUCCGCUCCCAAGGUCAUUCGUCGCCCCUCUGGUGGUCCUCGCACCUCUGCCAUCCCAACUUACUCCCCCCUCCUCUUCAGCGGUUGUCGGAAGUGCAACGGGAACCACCUGGCUAAGGAUUGCCCGGUGGAGAAACGUCGUUGUUUCUUCUGCGGUCGCUGGGGAGCGGAUGUACGUACCUGCCCCAACUGCCGACGACUUCCCUAAACAGGACGACCCCUCACCCCGCUUCCAAUACAAGACUGAUUCUCCACUGACCCCAGUGCCUUUCAGUGUUUUCGUUUUUUUUUCUACCCCGCGAGGUCGAAUAAAGGGCUAAAUGCACCACCCUCGCGGAGGAACUGAUUUCGUUUUUUUUUCAAUUUGCAUUUAUCUUUAUGUAUUAUUAUUUGUCAUUAUCGCCAAAGAAAAUGUUUUUUUUGUUUAUUUAUCGCCCUUCGAGGUUAUAAUAUUGCUCAAAUAAAAAGCAGAGUUUCGGGCAAAGAUGCUGGUUAUGUAAUUUAAUGUCCCGUUGUAAAUUGUGAUAAACUGAAAAUUUGGAAAAGGAAGAAUAUUAGAGGUUCCCCCCCUGAUACUGUGAGUGCCCUCCAUUUAUUUUCUUCCUGUUCCAAAAAUUAAUAAACAUUACCCCUGAAUAUCCCUGAAUAUAACCUCCCCCCAACGGUAAGCCUUUCCUGUAUAAUUGACUCCCCCUGAUUAUUUGUAUCGCCCCCCUUUUUUUAGUUCUUUUUUAGUAAAUUUCAGUUCGUUGUUCCCCUAACUUCUUCCCAGAUAUUUUUUACAUAAAAUUAGAAUCUUCCCUUUUUCUUAUUGUAUGGAAUCAAGCGUGUGUCGCAGGCUGGUUGGCUUUACCCCCCUCCCCCGAAACA